UUGGCGGCAAUUGUACAUACAUAUAUCUGUUCUAUGUAGGUUAGAUUUCCAUCCAAAGGCUUAUAAUUCUUUGUAUCUGCAUAACACGUUCAAAUAUCGAGAGAUACUUAAACAUCUGAUUUGCGUCCUCGUGAGAAAUUCAAGACCGGCCAUGGCGGGAACGUUAUGCGAAGGAGGUAGUUCUAAGAGAACGUCGUACAUUGAUUGGGACGAAUAUUUCAUGGCCAUUGCGUUCCUCUCUGCGAAACGGAGCAAAGAUCCCUGCACCCAGGUCGGUGCGUGUAUCGUUAAUAAUGACAAGAGAAUCGUCGGUAUUGGCUACAACGGGAUGCCCAUGGGAUGCAGUGACGAUGAGUUCCCUUGGAAUAAGGGCCCCCAUACUAGUUUAGACGCAAAAUUUCUUUAUGUGUGUCAUGCGGAGGUGAAUGCGGUCCUGAACAAAAAUUCGAGCGACGUUAAAGACUGCACGAUAUAUGUUGCCCUAUUCCCGUGCAACCAGUGCGCGAAAGUAAUAAUACAAUCCGGCAUAAAAAGCGUCAUAUACAUGUCCGACAAAUACGCUCACAAAGUCGAGACAAUAGCCGCGAAAAGAAUGUUCGAUGCCGCGGGCGUGAAGUAUAGGCAGUACGUCCCAAAGAAUACAAAAAUAGAAAUUAAUUUCAGCGACAUUAACUGGACCGAGAUGAACCAAUUGCCGCAAACUCCGACAAAACAGGAAGAUCAAAGAAAUGAGGAUUAAAAUCACGUUGAUCACUAUUUUGUCUUACACGAAUAAAUCUGAUUUGAUAACGGACACGUGUAUUGUAUUUUUUUUUAUUCUUUCAAAAAGUAUUACGUUUAUUUAGCUACGAAUAA